CACCGGAAGUAGAAGGGCGUUUCCUGUGCGUCCGGCUUCCCCAACAUGGCAGCGCCCUUAUCAGUGGAGGUGGAGUUCGGUGGCGGCGCGGAGCUCCUGUUCGAUGGCGUCAAGAAGCAUCAGGUCACUCUGCCCAGCGAGGAGGGGCCUUGGGAUGUCCGGAACCUCCUCGUCUGGAUCAAGAAGAAUCUGCUGAAGGAGCGGCCGGAGCUGUUCAUCCAGGGAGACAGCGUGCGGCCCGGGAUUCUGGUGCUGAUCAAUGACGCCGACUGGGAGCUGCUGGGCGAGCUGGACUACCAGCUGCAGGACCGGGACUGCGUCCUCUUCAUCUCCACGCUGCACGGAGGCUAGAUCCCUGCCCACCACGCCUCAGGCGGAUGGCACCCGAGCCUGCCUCCCCUCGCUGUCCCCUCCUGCUUUCUCACCGCCCUGUCCCUGGAGCUCCCUCCGGGCAGGGAAAAGAGGCCAGGUGCUAAAAAUGAGCCUUUCCCCAGCGUGUGAGCAGGGGGGAGGUGGGGUGCGGCAGGGGACCCCGCUCGCCCCUGGACGCACCCAGUGCCUGUCGGCAUCUCCCUCUCCCUGUGCGUGCCUCCAGGGGAGGUGAACGGACCCUGGGAGCUGUGGUGGGCCCCCCUCCCCGUCCCCCAGACUGAAGGUGCCAGCACCUCAGUUUCCCCAUCUGGCCGGCAGAGGGCUCUGGCUGUCCCCCACUGGAGUCAUUACGGAACCCCAGCUGGGGUCCCCUCUCCAGAGCUGGCCCCCUCCCCCGCACCCGGCAGCUGCUGUGGCAGCCACACCUCUCCUCCUGCUCCUCAGCCCUUGACCCUGGCCGGCCACCCCCACCCCCACCCCCAGGCCACCAGAUGGGGUCCUGCGACCCUCCUCCUGCCCGAGGCUGCCCGGGGCUCUGGAGAGGCGCCUGGAGGGCAGCGUGCCUCAGUUUCCUCCCCAGUGCUUAGGUCCAUAGACCAUCAGGAACGUGGCUGAUGGGAUAGAUGCAGACGCCGCGUCGCGGGCAGCGAGGACAAGUGGCUCUGGGAGGCCUCAGUGUCUAAGCGACAGGCUGCCUUGGUCUCCUCCCCACACCCACCCACCGUCCUGCCCCUUGCCUGUGGGUCUCCGGCCUUCCGGGGCUGCCCUUUACCCCAGCAAGGAUCCACGCUGAGACCCGGCCCCAGUGGGAGCGGGUGACUGCCAGGGCUCACCUACCUGUCUGGGCCCCAGGACCCCGCCCCACCCCCACCCGCCCGGGCUUUGUUUGUCCCAGCAGCCUCAGAGUCCAGAAUGGGAUGGGCGGGGAGGGGGCUCAGAGAUAAGACUGCCGAACGCCCCCUUAGCCCCCUUAGCUUCUCCUGUAUUGGGGGGGAAGGCUUCAUUCGCCCAGACACCUCGAAACAGCCAUCGUAAUAAAAAUGGGGAGAGUUCGUCAGCUGGCACAAAAGCGUUGCUUUCACUCCAUCUCUCGAUUCGAGGAAGGUUUCUCGCAGCCCCGAGGCCGCUGGGCCCAGCAGUGUUGGGGGCCCAGGGUGUGGACACCUCCAGGCUUAGAGGACAGGUCCCCGGCCAGCUGGCCCUGCUGCGGGACUGGGGCCACUUGGUGCCGGGCGCUGUCCAGGCACUGCCGGUGACCUGCCCCUGGUGUUGAGGUCGGGGUGUCCACCCUGGGGCACAGCCUCCCCUUCAGCCUCCCUGGCAGGGGUCUCCAUCCCACCCGCGAGCGCCCAAGUGGCUUCUUGUCCCAACCCGGUCCCAGGCACCUGCUCCUGCGCUGGGGGCCGGGGUUGGGGGACACCAGGCCGGAGAGCAGAUUCCCCUUGGUGCCGGGCGCUGAAAUGGCCUGACCCGGCCGGUCCACGGCAUUUCAGCUCCGUGUCAAUCCCCGAGCUGCCGGA